AUGAGCGGAUAUAUCUCAAACCUCAUCUCUACGCCCAGGGGGCAGCUUAUUACCACGGCUGUCUUUUCUGGAGCGGCCGUCGCAACACUCAUUUUUGGAUACCAGGCCCUGGAGAGGGAGGAGCGGCUUUCUGCGCUCAAGAAUUCGAUUCCGUCAAUUAACGACGGCAAGCAUCAUACGAGCAAGCUGAACAGCUUUGGAGCCUCAAAUGAAAACACAGAGGACAAGGAAGAUGCCCGAAACCUGGCUCUUGCACAGCGCGCGCAGGCGGGCGACUUUGACGAGGAGCUUAUUCUAGAACAGCUCGCCCGCAAUCAAGUUUUCCUCACCCCUGAGGGUUUGGACAAGCUACGCAAAUCUUUUGUUGUAGUAGUUGGAUGCGGCGGUGUCGGAUCUCACUGCACCGCUUCGCUUGCCAGAUCAGGCGUCUCCAGAUUGCGCCUCAUUGAUUUUGAUCAAGUCACUCUCUCCUCUCUCAACCGCCAUUCCGUUGCUACACUAGCGGACGUAGAGCCACGAGAAGGCUCGGGCGAAGGCAAGGCUGAGCUGUUGCCACUUGACCAAGCCGAAUUCGAAAAGGGGUCUGUAGGUGAUCUUGGAGUGAUGCCCAACUUUCGCGUGCGCAUCCUUCCCGUGUUGGGCACCAUGCCCGCUAUCUUUGGCAUGACGGCCGCCAACCACGUCAUUCUGAGCAUCACCGGCUACCCCGUCGACUAUGCGCCCGCCAAGGGCCGCGACAAGAUGUAUGACGGCAUCGUCAACUACGUCCAGAGCACCGAGGAGAAGCUGGCGCGGCUCUUUGCGCCCGACCUGAUCGGGCUGCGAUCACCCAUCACGGCCGGCGACGUGGCCUUUCUGACGGAAGAGCUGUACCGCGCCCGAAGCGUCGUCACCGGCAUCCCUACCCGCCUCACGCUCAUUCGCUGGCGCCGGCCGCAGGGGAUCAAUGUGUCCGUCAUCGGCGAAGGCACCAGCGAGGAGCAAAAGUGCUCGACCAUCCGGCUGCGUGACCUGGUCUGUAUGACAAAGGACGAGGCGGUCCGCCACGAAAAGCAAAUCUUCAAGGUGGGGGUCCCGCUGGAGGACUUGUACGAUGCCGAGACCAUUGCCCGCGUUGAGAGGAAGAUGGCGCAGGCGGCAGAGUACGAAAAGCACCGGUGGUGA